UGAAUUAGAAAGCCGCUCUUUAUCUUAUCUUUGAGUGGUCCACUCUAAUGCUCUGAAGGCUGAAGUGACCAUGUAAGUAAGCACACACACACGCACGGCCCUUGCGUCAGCCGGUCGAACAGCUGAUUCGGCGGCGCUCGACGAGCGUUUGAUUUGGCAUCGAAGCGCUUGCUACUCGCGACCAUUGAACAGAAUGAUUGGAAAAGCGGGGCGUCGUGGACGGCUCAAGUGAUUUGUUGUGUUUGGCGAUUCGGCCGAGUGGAAAGUUUUCCGCUAUCAAUUGUUCCGUGUUCCGCAUAUUGCGAAAUUGCGAUCCAGCAUCUGUCGGUUUUUGUUUGUCUUUUUUGUCUUUUGCUGCUGAAUACGAAUACAUACGUUGCAUGCUCUCGAGUGAUGAAAUGCUGAUAAAUAAGAACUGAAUUCCGCGUCUAUUGUUUAUGAGAGCUUGUGAAAUUGCCAGCGCAUUUACAUAAUCAUGCAGGCCAGUAAACUUCCGACCAAUCCCCGCGAGUCGGCAGGUAUCUUAUCCUCGCUUAUGUUCUGCUUUGCCCUGCCCAUUCUUUUCAAGGGUCGCAAGCAGACGCUCCAGCCCACGGAUCUGUACAAAACGCUGGAUGAGCAUGGAGCGGAGAGCCUGGGCGAUGAGUUCUUCCGGGCAUGGGAGGACGAAGUGGCUCGGUGCCGGCGGAAGGGUGAUUCCAGCCCUGAACCAAGUGUCCUGCGGGUCAUCGGACGCGUCUUCGGCUGGAGGCUCAUUUUUUCCGGUAUUACAAUCGCCGCCUUGGAACUGGGAACCAGGGCCACAGUGCCGCUUCUUCUGGCCGGACUCAUAUCGGAGUUCAGUGAGCACGGAAAUGGCCAUAGCUACUAUGCCCAGAUCUACGCAGUGCUCCUUAUAGCCUGUAUCUUGGCCAGCGUUCUUCUCACGCACCCAUACAUGAUGGGAAUGAUGGUAAUGGCUCUAACUUUAUGCUUGAGUAAACUUAAAUAUAAUUUGGUUAUUUCUAAAUUCUUGCAGCACUUGGCCAUGAAAAUGCGAGUGGCAGUAAGUAGCGCCAUAUACCGCAAGGCCCUGCGUCUCAGUCGCACAUCGCUGGGGGGUACCACAACCGGACAGGUGGUUAACUUGCUCUCUAACGAUCUCAACCGCUUCGAUCGGUGUCUUAUCCAUUUCCAUUUCCUCUGGCUGGGCCCAUUAGAGUUGUUGAUCGCCUCCUACUUCCUGUACGAACAGAUCGGAAUCGCUUCCUUUUACGGGAUCAGCAUCCUAGUACUGUAUCUACCACUGCAAACCUAUUUAAGCCGAGUAACUUCAAAGCUGCGCCUGCAGACGGCCCUACGCACGGAUCAGCGAGUGCGCAUGAUGAACGAAAUCAUCUCGGGCAUUCAGGUAAUCAAGAUGUAUACCUGGGAGCGUCCGUUCGGGAAACUGAUAGGGCAGAUGCGGCGCAGCGAGAUGAGCUCCAUUCGCAAGAUGAACCUCUUGCGCGGCAUCCUGCUCUCCUUUGAGAUAACUCUAGGUCGCAUAGCUAUCUUUGUGAGCCUUCUGGGAUUCGUCCUAGGCGGAGGCAAACUGACGGCAGAGCGCGCCUUCUGCGUCACUGCCUUCUACAACAUCCUUAGGCGUACUGUCAGCAAGUUCUUUCCGAGUGGAAUGUCGCAGUUUGCUGAACUUCUGGUAUCAAUGCGACGUAUAACUAAUUUUAUGAUGCGGGAGGAAGCAAAUAUAAUAGAUAUGUCGGAGCGAAAGGACGAUCAAGCCGAAGAGGAACAACAUUUGCUAAAAGAAGUGGAGAAGAGGUCUUACCCGGCUCGGAUUGGCACGGAACCAGAUACCUUGGUGGAAAUUAAAGCUUUAAGAGCGCGCUGGAGCCAGGAGCAACAUGAGCCGGUGUUAAACAACGUCAACAUGUCGCUGCGCCGUGGCCAACUUGUAGCUGUGAUUGGACCCGUGGGAUCGGGUAAAUCAAGCCUUGUUCAGGCUAUCCUAGGAGAGCUACCUCCUGAAUCAGGAUCGGUACAAGUCUCGGGCAAGUAUUCCUACGCCUCCCAGGAGCCCUGGCUUUUUAAUGCAUCUGUUCGCGACAACAUUCUGUUUGGCUUGCCCAUGGACAAGCAGCGCUAUCGAACUGUCCUCAAGCGGUGUGCCCUAGAGCGGGACUUGGAGUUGUUGCACGGUGAUGGAACCUUCGUGGGUGAGCGCGGAGCUUCACUGUCCGGUGGGCAGCGAGCGAGAAUAUGUUUGGCUAGAGCUGUGUACCGCAGGGCGGAUGUAUACCUUUUAGACGAUCCCCUCAGCGCAGUGGACACCCAUGUGGGUAGGCACCUGUUCGACGAAUGCAUGCGCGGCUUCCUAGGCAAAGAGCUGGUGAUACUUGUCACCCACCAGUUGCAGUUUCUGGAGGACGCCGAUCUGAUUGUAAUCAUGGACAAGGGUCACGUCUCGGCAUGCGGAACCUAUGAGGAGAUGCUGAAGAGCGGACAGGACUUUGCCCAGCUUUUGGUGGAAAGUACUCAGAACAGCGGCGGAGGUGAUGAGACCAUAACGUCAACGAAAAUUUCCCGUCAGAGUAGCUCUCUAAGCUCUAAAAGUUCAAAUGGAAGCUCAUCCUCGUUAGAAUCCAUGGUCGAAAAGGAAAAACCAAAACCAAGUGCGCCAACGGUGCAGGAGUCCCGCAGUGGUGGUCAAAUCGGCUUGUCCAUGUACAAGAAAUACUUUGGUGCAGGCUGCGGCGUCCUCGUUUUCGCGGUGCUGAUAAUGCUGUGUUUUGGCACUCAGCUCCUGGCGUCUGGCGGAGAUUAUUUUCUCUCCUACUGGGUUAAAAACACCGCCUCUUCGUCAACGGUGGAUAUCUACUACUUCACUGCCAUUAAUGUGGGACUGGUUAUUUGUGCUUUGCUCCGAACGCUGCUUUUCUUUAACAUCACCAUGCACUCCUCCACCGAGCUGCACAACACUAUGUUCCAGGGCUUGUCUCGCACGGCUUUGUAUUUUUUCCACACCAAUCCCUCCGGCCGGAUCCUCAAUCGUUUCGCCAAUGACCUGGGUCAGGUGGAUGAGGUGAUGCCCGCCGUCAUGUUGGAUUGCAUACAGAUCUUUCUCACCCUGACGGGCAUCAUCUGCGUGCUGUGCGUGACCAACCCGUGGUACUUGAUCAACACAUUUGCAAUGAUAUUAGCAUUUUACUACUGGCGCAAUUUUUACCUAAAGACGUCGAGGGAUGUAAAGCGCCUGGAGGCGGUGGCUCGGUCGCCGAUGUACUCGCACUUCAGUUCCACUCUUGUUGGACUUCCCACUAUCCGGGCGAUGGGCGCCCAACGAACUCUGACGGGCCAGUAUGACAACUACCAGGAUCUGCACAGCUCCGGCUACUACACUUUUGUUUCUACCAGUCGUGCCUUCGGUUAUUACCUUGAUUUGUUUUGCGUGGCAUACGUGAUAUCGGUGAUACUGCACAACUUCUUUAACCCGCCUCUACACAAUGCUGGCCAGAUAGGCCUGGCAAUUACCCAAGCAUUGAGUAUGACGGGAAUGGUGCAGUGGGGCAUGCGUCAAUCCGCAGAGCUGGAGAAUGCAAUGACCUCAGUGGAGCGAGUCUUGGAGUACCAAGAUCUUGAGCCUGAAGGGGAUUUCAACUCGCCUGCGGAUAAGCAACCUCCAAAGAGUUGGCCCGAGGAGGGAAAACUGAAGACCAAGGAUUUGAGUCUGAGAUAUGAGCCCGAUCCCAAUGCCGCUAGUGUGCUGAAGCGGCUGAACUUCACGAUACAGGCGAUGGAGAAAGUGGGCAUCGUAGGACGCACAGGUGCGGGAAAGUCCUCCAUUAUCAAUGCACUUUUCAGACUGUCCUACAACGAUGGAGCAAUAAUCAUCGACAAUCUGGACACAAAGGUUAUGGGUCUGCACGAUUUACGCAGCAAGAUCUCCAUUAUUCCACAAGAACCCGUCCUGUUCUCCGGGACAAUGCGAUACAACUUGGAUCCCUUCGAGCAGUAUCCCGAUGAUAAGCUUUGGAAGGCUCUUGAGGACGUUCACCUCAAGGAGGAAGUUUCAGAGUUGCCCACGGGUCUGCAGAGCAUCAUAUCUGAGGGCGGGACCAACUUUAGCGUAGGCCAACGGCAGUUGGUCUGCUUGGCAAGGGCCAUCCUGCGCGAAAACAGAAUUCUCGUUAUGGACGAGGCUACGGCAAAUGUGGAUCCUCAGACGGACGCCCUGAUUCAGGCCACCAUUCGAAACAAAUUCAAGGACUGCACAGUACUUACGAUAGCCCAUCGUCUAAAUACCAUCAUGGACUCCGACAAAGUUUUGGUGAUGGAUGCUGGUGAAGUCGUCGAGUUCGGUUCUCCAUAUGAGCUGUUGACCCAGUCAGAGGCUAAAGUAUUCCAUGGAAUGGUUAUGCAAACGGGAAAGGCCAGUUUUGAUCAUCUACUUAAAGUUGCCGAAAAUGCCAAACAAAACCAUAUUUGAAACCAAUAUCUACCAUAUUAAUGUGUUAGUCUACGUAAUGUAAUUGGGCUGAAUUGUUAAUGGAUGUGGAAUUUUGAUGUCCUGGAUAAUGAUUGUAAAAUACAAAUCGUUUGUACUUAAAGGAGUAAGAAAAAUGGCAAUGUGUUCUUUUAAAUAAAAUGAUACUUAAAUUAA